AUGGGUAUCAUGUUUGAAGAGAAUGACAGUCUGCUGCUCUCCAACCCGAAGCUGUUGGAGGCGCAGCCAGACUCGGCGUUUGCGAGGAUUUGUAGCUUUGACGAGUCUGUUCUCUACUCGAAUGGCUACUUUUCCUCCAGAAACGAGGUCAUUUCGUGCUUUAUCUCCAUGAUCAACGGGGUGGACCUCAUGAGCAGUCUUCCCGUCAUGUACAUUUACAAGAAUGAUUUUAGUCUUCCACCAGGUUUGUUGAAUGUGUAUUAUGCGGAGUAUCCGACUGAAGGGAGGAUAAGUCCCGAAGAAUGA